AUGGAAGGCAUACCCUCGGAUAGAGAUUCCAUGGCCAAAACAUCCUCAUCUGGCGGUAGGGCCCACCUCAGGAAAGAGUUUCUUAAUAGAUUUGUAGACGGCGAAAGCUUUAGAGAAACUCUCACGAGCUGGCUCGAGGAUUUAGUCGAACACAAUGCGGGGGGGGCCACCUUCGACUCUCCUUUCGAGAGGAUCGGCCUUCAGAAGUUCGACUAUGCGCUCGAAGGCGUUCGAUUCAGCAGCUGUAGCAUGUGGGAGGCUUUCUGGGGAGAAGGUCACAAUGCAAUGCCUUUUUAUGUAUCGUCAUUGUACGACCGGAACUUGAAGUUCUACCCGGCCGAGAAGGUCCUUGCCAAGGGUAAAACGGGAAGACUAUGCGCCUCGGCCAUAAUGCUGAAAAAUCCGAGACAUCCGCAAGGAAAGUGGGAUGAUGUUGUUGAGUUGGCACUUUUAAGGCCCUGUUACGACUAUAAUGAUUCUUAUCCAAAUUUGUCUCUCGUAAGCGAGGCUCUGUUUUUCGCCAUCCGAGUGAUGAUCGCGAGGAGUGUGAGCAAAUCGAGUGUGCGUACGAGUUUGAAUUACGUUUUUGUCCUAGUGCUCAAUUCUCAGUGUGGUAGUGUUGUGAGAGUCGAAGGCGAUCUGAAUAAGAUGGAUUUCGAUCUGAACACUAAUAAUGUAUACAAAUAUGCUGCUUCUUGGUUUCAGAACUAUUCGCGCAUUGCUAUUUCCCCAGUGGAGAGGAUUUGGAAUAAGCUCGGGAAUGCAAACUGGGGUGACGUUGGUGCUCGACAGGCUCUUUACGCUACAUUUCAUUCGAUAGCGCAAUUUGCCGGGAUGCCUCGGAACACAAUCGAAGAUUUAGCCGCCGUACACGGCUCCCGCCUUCAGGCAAGAAAAGUCGAGCGAAAUUUAACGGAUAAAAACAGUAGUAGUUAUGAUCAUAAUAAUGAUAAUACGAAGAUGAAUAUGUUCCAACACCGCACUGCUUCCCCAGAAAUUGUGGAACUACACGAGGAAUCUAUUAAAUUGGAUUGUUCUCGAAAGACGGUCAAGCUAGAAGUCGGUGAUGUCGUUCUUCUAGAAGAUUCCGACUCGCAAAACGGUUAUCUGGUGAAUAAGGUCAUGAGCGACGGCGAGAUUCCUUAUUACAUCUCGUCCCGUGUAGAAAACCCGGGAGAGGAUUUGUUUCUCUAUGCGAGCCCCACCCGACACAGAUGGAGCCCGCAUGGGAGGACAUGA